GAUGAUCCCCAUUCCAGCAAAUCCACUUUUCAGUUAGUUCCCUACACUCAAACAUUCAUCCACAUUAUUAAUCUGGAUGUGAGUUAAUUAUCAAAUCGGGGCAGUUUUCCUUUGUACGAAGAGGUUCGAUCCGUUUCUUAGAUCUAUCAAAAUUUGGAUUGAAUCCUUGUUCGAUGGAAAGAACAAAGUCUUCCAUGGAAGAGGUGGCGUUUGUGGUAAGGAAGUUAGAGAUCUCGGAUAAAAAGAAGGGGUUCGUGGAGCUACUUCAGCAGCUGACUGUAUGCGACUUCAUCUCCGACGAAGCAUUCGAAGAACGGUUUAGGGAGGUGGCUAAGUAUGGCAACGACCAUCUUAUAUGCGUGAUAGAAGACGGAGAUUCAGGCAAGAUCAUUGCAACCGGGAGCGUCUUCAUAGAGAAGAAAUUCAUAAGGAAUUGUGGCAAGGUUGGUCACAUCGAAGAUGUGGUUGUGGAUUCCAACGUUCGAGGAAAGCAUUUAGGAAAGAAGAUAAUCGAAUUCCUAUCUGAUCACGCUAGGUCGAUGGGGUGUUACAAGGUGAUUCUUGAUUGCAGCAGUGACAACAUGCCGUUUUAUAAUAGGUGUGGUUUCAAGCAGAAGGAAAUGCAGAUGGUGAAGUAUUUUUAGUUCUUGAAAAGUUAAAGCAUUAGGAUUGUUUGAUGGAUUUUGGAUUGUUGUUGUUUCUUUGUUUUACUUAUAUUGAUUGAUGGGGAAAAAGAAAAUACGGAAAUUUUA